AUGAGAGGUUUUAUAUUUUGCUGUUUCACUGGGAAAAAGUCUUCAAAAACUCGCCAUGGUCCAGGCUCCUCUACCAAAGAUUUCUCGGAAUAUUGCCAGCCUAUAAGCCCUGAUGCAGAAAGUCACAAAGAACUAGCCAACAGUGCUGAAUUAGAUUUAAAUAAUCGAAAACAGUCAUACGAUUCCCCUAAGGUUGAAAGACGACUGAGAAAAAGCAGAACAAUCAAUGAUAACGAUUAUCAUCCGCUAGCAAAUUACGUAUUUCCAAGAACUCUUACUAGCUAA